AUGACGGUGGCCGCCGCACGCUGCCUCAUUCUGACCCCCACCAUAUCCUCCUCCGCCUCCUCUUGCUCCGCCGUCCUCCGGUUCCCAAGGAUCGUCCACCGCCGCCGCCGCCGCGCGCUCUCCUGCUCGGCCUCUCCCUUCGCCUCCAUGGACGCGCCGCCGGAGGGCUACCGCACCAACGUCGGCAUCUGCCUCGCCGACCCCUCCCUCACCAAGAUCUUCUCCGCGUCCAGGAUCGACAUCCCCACCGCGUGGCAGAUGCCUCAGGGUGGUAUAGACCCAGGCGAAGAGCCGAGAGCGGCCGCGGUUAGGGAGUUGAGGGAAGAAACCGGCGUUACAUCUGCCGAGAUCGUCGCCGAGGCUCCCAAUUGGUUAACAUAUGAUUUCCCCGCGGACGUGAGAGACAAGCUGAAUGCGAGGUGGGGGACCAACUGGAAGGGCCAGGCUCAGAAAUGGUUUCUAUUUAGACUUACUGGGAGCGAUGACGAGAUCAACCUGAUGGGUGAUGGAUCCGAGAAGCCAGAGUUCUCGGAAUGGACAUGGAUGACACCUAAGCAAGUGAUAGAGAAGGCUGUUGAAUUCAAGAAGCCUGUGUAUGAGGAGACCCUAAAGCACUUCGCCCCGUAUCUACAGUCUGAUCCAGCGACUUCAUCAUAGAUUUGUGCGGCUUCCAUAAGUUAUAUGUCUAGAGCUGCAUACAGCCUCAAUAAUUUUCUCAGAAUGUACCUGAACCGUGCGAGUAUUUUUGGCAUUUCGCCGCUAAAUGUUAUCUUGCCAUUG